UAUAAAAACGGAGGAACCAUUGGGGGAUUUUAAGAGAACGAGUCUACCCGUCAACCGCCGGAGAACGCAGAUCCAGCGAGAUUCUGCCGGUUAUUCGGAGCAACUAGAACUAGAUUCAACGGACGGGAAUCAUGAACUGCUAUCGGACACGAGGAGAGAGUAAAUGCGACGAUCGGCGGGAUGCGGAGGUUAAAUACGACGAGAAGCAGAAGAGGACGAAUGAAACGAGGUCGUUCCAAAGGCGAUUGGUAAAGUACAAGGACUUGCCGGAGUAUCUUAAAGACAACGAGUAUAUACUGGGCUCUUACCGGUGUGAAUGGCCUGUGAAAGAGGCGCUCUACAGUGUAUUUUCAUGGCACAACGAGACUCUGAACAUCUGGACCCAUUUGGUAGGGUUUUUUAUAUUCGGAGCAAUGAUUGUGAUGACCCUGAUGGAAGGGACGGAGCUCGGAGAUUUUCUGCUCGCUAAUUUCUCCAGAGCUACAGUUUCGGGGCCAUUCUGGACGACCAUGGGUAUGGAAAAGGACGUCAACGGCUCUGAUAGCAUUAUGCCAGAAACAAGACAAGUCCCACAGUCAUCAGUUUUCUUAGAUAGAGCGGAUAAAAAGACGGACUUACCAAGAUGGCCGUGGUUCGUUUUCUUGGCUGGUGCCAUGGGUUGCUUGGUUUGUAGCAGUCUCUCCCACCUCCUGGCUUGUCAUUCCAAACGCUUCAACCUUUUCUUCUGGCGCCUGGAUUAUGCAGGCAUUUCUUUGAUGAUAGUUGGAUCCUUCUUUGCUCCCAUUUAUUAUGUCUUUCUCUGCAACUAUUAUCCUCGUCUCGUCUAUCUUUCUUCGAUAUCGGUGCUCGGUGUAGCUGCUAUUGUUACUCUUCUUGCACCUGCUCUCUCGGCCCCUCGUUUCCGAGUCUUCAGAGCCUCCUUAUUUCUUUCCAUGGGCUUCUCAGGAAUAAUUCCCGCUACACAUGCUGUUGCUCUCUACUGGGGCCAUCCGGAUAUUUAUUUUGCCUUCUGGUAUGAGCUUGCCAUGGCUUUUCUAUAUGCUGCUGGAGCUGGGUUCUAUGUUAGUCGAAUACCAGAACGAUGGAAACCCGGUGCAUUUGACAUUGCAGGACACAGCCACCAGAUUUUUCAUGUAUUUGUUGUUCUAGCAGCACUGGCACAUAGUGCAGCAACGUUGUUUAUUAUCGAUUUUCGACGGAGUUCACCCACCUGCAGCUCUUAGGCAUUCCUUGAUGGCUUAGCUAAGCCACUAAGUAGGUCAGAGCGAGCUUCUGGGACAUACUCAUCAAUCUUCUCCGAAAAUGUAUUGAUGUAAACUGAAACAACUAUUGUAGCUCUUCAGUUAGGGAAUUGCAGGAUGUACACGCCCCAUGCUAUUUGCUUGAAAAGAAUUCAUUUGCUCUCGAAAAA